UGGCCGAGGGUCUUGAGUUCGUGCCUGGGGAAGCGGAGAUUCAGUUUUCCCCAAGGAUCUGCGUCUGAUGCUAUAGCCAAGAGCUUAGCCUUCUGCGUGGUCCUCCGGGAGGACAAGGAGGGAGGAGGGCGGGGCAGGGAGAAGAGAAUCCCAGAAUCCUCAAACUUGAGAGAUGGAAGAGACUUCAGCCACUACUCUAGGGGACAAGCUCUGAUUGGUGGGAAACUUAGGACAUCAAGCCCAAGCCUGCCUCUCGGUUGCGGAGGGACAGAAGUAAACAGACGUCAGGAAAGCCUUACUUUUAUUUUAAUUUUCUUUUAACAACGAGAGCUGUCCAACUGUGCAGCGAGCUGCCUCUGGGCCAGCCCCAUUCAGAUGGCCCCAGGAGGACGACCCUGACCCAUGCACCGUCUGCAGCUGAGACUGUGACGCAAAAGCUUUAAGCGCCUCUGACGUCACGGCUCCCCCUGCUCAGGGUUCCCCACCCCCCACUGCGCCGACAGAGCACCAAGGGUUGAACCUCACCUGCAGGGGGCAGGGCGUCCCCUCCCCUCCCUAAUCCUGGCCUCAGCUCCGCCUCCGCCCGGAGCCGCCUCCGAGCCCUCCGAGAGGCUCCCCCGAGAAGGCAGGGGAGGUGGCAGCGGCGGCUGCAGAGCAAACCCGAGCCCGAGCGACAGCGACAGCGACAGCGAUAGCACGGACUGGAGCGGGAGCGGGAGUGGGAGCGGGAGCCCCGGGGGGAGCGGACUGCAGACAGGUGCAGCCAUGUCCUUGCCUGUGGAUCCCUUGGGCCCAGCACGGAUGAGUCCCGAGGACCUGGUGAGCCAGACGCGGCAAGUGGUCCAAGGUCUAGAAGCCUUGAGAGCUGAGCACCGCGGCUUGGCUGGACGGCUGCAGGAAGCCCUGACGGAGGCUGGGGCCAAGUCAGGGGAAGGGACCUUCCCAGGUCUGGAUCUGCUGAAGGAGAAACAUCACACUCUUAGCCAGUCCCUAGAGGCCAUCGAGCUAGGGCUGGGAGAGGCCCAGGUGCUGCUAGCACUGUCCACGCAUGUGGGGGCUCUGGAGGCUGAGAAGCAGCGGCUUCGGGCCCAAGCUCGGCGCCUGGCCCAGGAGAACUCAUGGCUUCAGGAAGAGCUGGAGGAGACAAGGAGGAGGCUGCGGGCCAGCGAGGAGACUGUGGCCCAGCUUGAGGAGGAGAAGAGUCACCUCGAGUUCUUGGGUCAGCUGAGGCACUAUGACACCUUGGAUGAUGAGGGCCAGCACACUGACACCAAGGAGAAGACGGAAGAACGUCGAGACAGCCUCACCUCUCUGUUCCCCAGUGAGGACAAGAAAAGUAAUGAGGCAUUUGGCGCGGCAGCUGCCCAGCAAGGUGGCUACGAGAUCCCGGCCCGCUUGAGGACGUUGCACAACCUGGUUAUUCAGUAUGCAGGGCAGGGACGUUAUGAGGUGGCCGUACCCUUGUGUCGCCAGGCCUUAGAGGACCUGGAACACACCUCUGGCCACUGCCACCCCGACGUAGCCACCAUGCUGAACAUCCUGGCCCUGGUGUACCGGGACCAGAACAAAUACAAAGAGGCCACAGAACUUCUUCAGGACGCCCUGCAGAUCCGGGAACAGACACUGGGGCCCGAGCACCCAGCAGUGGCAGCCACCCUGAACAACCUCGCUGUGUUAUAUGGGAAGCGGGGCCGCUACCGGGAGGCCGAGCCCCUGUGCCAGAGGGCCCUGGAGAUCCGUGAGAAGGUGUUGGGCGCUGACCACCCGGAUGUGGCCAAACAACUGAACAACCUGGCCUUGUUGUGCCAGAACCAGGGCAAGUUUGAGGAGGUGGAGAAACACUAUGGGCGGGCACUGGCCAUCUACGAAGCGCUGGGUGGCCCCGAUGACCCUAAUGUGGCCAAGACCAAGAACAAUCUGGCCUCAGCUUACCUGAAACAGAACAAGUAUCAGCAGGCAGAAGAAUUGUACAAGGAGAUUCUCAGCAGGCAGGAUCUCCCUGCACCCCUGGGGAACCCUGCCAUUGGAGCCUCCGGAGACAAGGAUCACCAGGUCCUUCGCCGAAGUACCUCCUUGUCCAAGAUCCGGGAGUCGAUCCGCCGUGGGAGUGAGAAGCUGGUAUCUCGCCUGAGGGGAGAGGGAUCUUCUGGGAUGAAGCGGGCUAUGUCCCUCAGUGUGCUCAAUACCGAGGACCCCAGGGCCAGCAGGACUCAGGUGCUGGAGAACCCGCUGAGCCAGAUGCAACUUCUGAGCACCAGCACCCAAGACUUGGGCCGCCCUCUGGCCCAGCGCUAGCCGCCAGGCUGGGCCGCAGACGCCCCCCGGGACCCUUCUGCAUCCCCUCCCCUUUCCCCCUGCUCCGUCCCCUUUGUCCCCUCCUCUGGCUAUAUUUAUUGUAUUUAUGCCCAACUAGAGGUGCCCUCACCCCAGGGCUGAAGCAUUGGAGAUAAAACCAACCAACCUCCCCUGGCUGUUUGCACAUUCUUGGGAGGGACCAGAAAGCCCCCCUCCCAACACCCCCCACCUUGAAGAAAUCACCACCUCUCUGAGGUCUCAGUUUCCCCAUCUGUACAGUGAAGGGCUCCCCAGCUCCUACAUCUGGGGUUCUCCGUAAUGGCCCUACAGCUGCAUCUGUCAGUGGGAGGAGUUCUAGGACCCCAAGAUGUAGAACCAGAAGGGGCCAUCUAGAAGGGAAGGGGGAAAGAUGGAAGCACUGGGGCUGUAAACGAAACACUGGGUUAUGCGACCCUGCUCUGCCACACUCUGUAUGGAUUCAGAAGACCUGAGUUCAAAUCCUGCCUUGGAUGUGUGAGAAAUUAUUUCUCUCAUUAUCUGAUGACUAUUUAUUGUAUCAGGACCAAGGUUUUUCCCCUCCUUUCUACUUCCUCAUCCAGAAACCAACCAGUUCCCCAAGAUCUACUCGGGUCUAAGAAAAGGUGGAUCGAUCCUCUUGUCAGAUGGAUAUGGAAAUUGAUCGUCUCUCUGACAGAUUUGAGUGACACAGGUCACGUGCCCCAACACCCUCAUUUUAAUAUAGCCCACCUGCCACUGUUAACCAAUCAGAGUUGGUUGCCACCCCUUGGGAACAUCUCUUCAAAGGGCAUACAAACCGUGAGCCCCCCACCCAUGAGGGGUCUUUGGUCUGAGAGAGACCAAAAUAACCUCAAUAACCUGAUAGCCCUAUCAA